CUCAGCUUAGAACGAAAGUGUAUUUCAUGGCAGUUUGUUUUGGCUGGAUCUUCUCUUCCAAUGGUCCCAUCAAAUUAGCGCGUCCUGCCUCCCACCAAGUCCCACCUAUUGGUAUACCUGCUCCAAUACCUGUACCUGUGUAUAACUCACACAUACUAUUAUUCUUAUCGUUAUAUUGACAAACCCAAAGACGCCCUUCUCUGGACGACUGACUAGUGAGUAACCUUGGCAGUGUACAAAAAAAAAGACAUUUUUGUAUACAGGAGAAGAAGCAGUUCUUCGAAUCUCGGAAAUCAUCAAUAAAACUUUGCCAUCAGAGGCAAAAUAAACAUCAAGUGUGCACAAUGUCGGCCAACACUGCAACUACUUCUCCCAAGCCUACCGACAUUAAACGAGAAGAUUUUCGCAAGUAUCUAGAACAUGCAGGAGUCUUGGACUCCUUGACCAAUAUAUUGAUAGCAUUGUAUGAAGAACAGGACAAACCUGACGAUGGUACAGAAUAUUUCCGAAAAUAUUUUGCCAGUGAAGCAGUUGAGGCUCACAAAAAAGCAGAAGUAGAUGGUUUAAAGCGGGAACUGGCUGAGGCAAAGGCUGUUAUUGCAGAGUUAAAGGAAAAAAUCAAACAAUUAGAAAAAAGUUCUCCUGAGAGCACGCAGUAAUCUUAAAUUCAAUAAUUAAAUAUUCCACAAUCAUUUUAUCAACUUUUGACGAGAAUAUCAAGUCUAUUUUCCCUGAAAAAUGUGCCUUAUAAUAUUUUCCAUCUUAUCGUAUGGUAGGAGUACUUUUGUCUCAAAUUAAUAUAUUGUUUAUCGUUGUUGUAGUAUUUCAAAUAAAAAAUGCAUCAGUACUUAAUAAGGCACUUGAUAUACAAGUGUAACUCAAAUGCAAGGCACAAAUUUUAUAAAAUAAAAUGUUUCUGUAUGCAAGAAACCUAAUAGCUUUCCAUAUACAAGAUCUCGUUUUGUGAGAUCCCACAUGCAAUAUUAAAAUUUAGUAUAUGUGUUCACUAUUUUUAAAAUUUAAAUUCUACAUGUAGUAAGA